AUGGAAUUUGAUGAAUCUGAUUUUUUUCUUGAUGAAAAUUAUAUUAUUGAAAGUAAUAUUUCAGAAAUUAUUGAUAUAGAUAUAUCAGAUAAUAGUUCAAAACAAAAUGAAAAUAUUACUGAAGAUGAAGAAAUAUUUAGUAAUAAGGAUGAAACAAAUUCUAAUCAAAUAAAUGAAGAUACUCUUAUAGAAGAAAAUUCUCUUAUUGAAGAAAAUCCUUUUAUUGAAGAAAAUUCUUCUAUUAAAGAAAACCCUUUUAUUGAAGAAAAUAUAAAUACUGAACUAGAUAAAAAAAAGCUUAAAUCUAUUGUUCAUAAUCAUUUUACUUUAGAUCAACAAGCUAAAAA